AUGGGAAUACGAUGUCUUUGGCUAAACAUGCAAUUUAUUAUGAAGUAUCAUAACAAUACAGGUUUAGGCAUUGAAGAAGUUCAUCAGUUUAGUUCAUUACAAAACAACGUAUUACAAGAGUCACUGAAAUUUGCAAUAAUACAACAGCCUUUGGAUAAUCUUCAGAUAUCUAAUCCAGAAUACCACAAGGCAAAAGGGCGCCCUACUAAGCGUUAUAAAUCAUCAGUAGAAGAUAAUCAAAAUAUUUCAUCUUCUGCUGUGGCAAAAUCAAAUGAAGGUUUUCUUAAAACUUGUAGUUAUUGUUUAGGUAGAGGACAUAAUAUUCGUGGGUGUGCUAGUAAACAUAAAGCUGAUAAGAAAAUGUUAAUCAGCAUAUAUUAA